GUGUGCCAGAGACAGCUUAUGUUUCAGUUGUACAAGGUCAGAUCUUAAUUUAACCACCAACUGGAUACUUAAUUUUAGAUACACAGAGGAACACAUUGGCUCCAGGGCACUUCCUCUGAUUUAGGAAGGUAAGUCCCUGGAUAAGAAUGACAAGAUGAUCAUUCCAAAAGGUCCACUCCAGUAAUGCUCCUGUGACUGACUGUCUGGCACCUUAGUACUCCUGCAUGCAGAUCUUCACUUCAUCCCAAGCUUUCAGGAAAAGGCUGGAGACACCUGGGCUGAAUUGGAGUUGUUCUGCAUAGAAUGGAUACUACUGAUGACCCUGAUGAAGACCAUCUUACAAGUUAUGAUAUUCAGCUAAGUAUUCAAGAAUCCAUUGAAGCCAGCAAGACUGUACUUUAUCCUGAAAGAUUUGUACCCCUAAGCGGUCAAAACAGAAAACUUGUGGAGGCCAUAAAACAAGGUCACAUUCUUGAGCUCCAGGAGUAUGUAAAAUAUAAAUAUGCAAUGGAUGAAGCUGAUGAAAAAGGAUGGUUUCCAUUGCAUGAAGCUGUUGUCCAACCCAUUCAACAAAUACUUGAGAUUGUUCUGGAUGCAUCCUAUAAGACACUCUGGGAAUUCAAGACCUGUGAUGGAGAAACACCUUUGACUUUGGCAGUCAAAGCUGGUCUGGUGGAAAAUGUAAGAACUUUACUGGAGAAGGGAGUAUGGCCCAACACCAGAAAUGACAAAGGAGAGACCCCCCUUCUGAUUGCUGUAAAAAGGGGCUCCUAUGACAUGGUAUCGACUCUGAUCAAACACAACACUAGCCUAGACCAGCCCUGCGUCAAGCGAUGGUCAGCAAUGCACGAAGCUGCCAAGCAAGGCCGAAAAGAUAUCAUAUCUCUGCUGCUAAAACAUGGAGGCAAUGUCCACCUGAGAGAUGGAUUUGGAGUCACACCCUUAGGCGUUGCUGCCGAGUUUGGUCACUGCGAUGUGUUAGAACAUCUAAUCCACAAAGGUGGUGAUGUGCUUGCUCUGGCGGAUGAUGGGGCGUCGGUGCUGUUUGAGGCAGCAGGAGGUGGCAAUCCUGACUGCAUUUCCCUCCUGCUGGAAUAUGGAGGAAGUGGAAAUGUACCUAACCGAGCAGGGCAUCUUCCUAUACACCGAGCUGCCUAUGAGGGGCAUUAUCUUGCACUGAAAUAUCUUAUCCCGGUAACAUCUAAAAAUGCAAUUCAGAAAAGUGGGCUAACACCAAUUCACUCAGCGGCAGAUGGACAAAACGCACAGUGUCUAGAACUGCUCAUUGAAAAUGGUUUUGAUGUCAAUACCCUACUUGGUGAACACAUUUCCCAGAACUAUGACGAUGAGAGGAAGACUGCGCUGUAUUUUGCCGUUUCUAAUAAUGAUGUUCGUUGCACAGAAGUCCUUCUGGCUGCAGGUGCAGACCCAAACUUAGAUCCCCUCAACUGUCUACUUGUGGCGGUGAGGGCCAAUAAUUAUGAAAUUGUCCGGCUGCUUCUCUCCCAUGGAGCUAAUGUCAAUUGUUACUUUAUGCAUGUGAAUGACACUCGUUUCCCCAGUGUCAUUCAGUAUGCCCUAAACGACGAGGUAAUGCUGAGGCUAUUGCUGAAUAAUGGCUAUCAAGUGGAGAUGUGCUUUGACUGCAUGCAUGGUGACAUCUUUGGAAAUUCAUUUGUGUGGUCAGAGAUAGAGGAAGAGGUGCUGCCAGGAUGGACAUCUUGUGUAAUAAAAGAUAAUCCGUUCUGUGAGUUUAUUACAGUUCCUUGGAUGAAGCACUUAGUAGGCAGAGUUACUCGAGUACUAAUAGAUUACAUGGAUUAUGUUCCUCUGUGUGCUAAACUGAAGUCUGCACUAGAAGUACAGAGAGAAUGGCCAGAAAUCCGUCAAAUACUAGAGAAUCCUUGUUCAUUGAAGCAUUUGUGUCGGUUAAAAAUUCGAAGACUUAUGGGACUCCAGAGACUCUGCCAGCCAGCCUCAAUGGAGAAGCUUCCUCUACCACCAGCUAUUCAAAGAUACAUAUUAUUUAAAGAGUAUGAUCUCUACGGACAAGAGCUAAAGUUGCCAUAAUAUUUUAAAAUGUGAUUUUAAAAAAUAUUUUGAAAUGUGAUUCCCUCAGAUAAUUUCUUGGAACCAUUUUACAUCCUUAAUUGUAAAGUGCAUUUAAAUUUGUUGACAAUUUUAUAGGUGAAUCAUGUGUUCUUAAGGGGAACACCAUGAUCUGUGUCUUUAAAGACAUUUACAUUUUUUAAAGAUACUAUUUUGAACUUGGAUUUGUAUCUUUGUCUUCAGACUCUUCCUAUCAAGUGGCUCCUGCAAUAUCCACAAUCAAGUCUUUAUAACAGAUAACCACUUUCUCAAACCCACAUCUCCUUCCAUUUGCUGGCCUGAUUCUCCUGUCUUUCAUGGUCUUGCUGUGUAAAAGAGCUCCUCCUGCCUGUAAGUUCACACAUUGUGAUCUGGUAUCUGCCCCUAUACUGCUUUUCUCAAGGUCCCUGACAAUCUCUCUGUUGCUAAAUCCAGUGAACAUUCUUCAGUCCCUCUUCCAAUUGAUUCCUGCAGCAUCCAACAUUGUUGCCUGUUUCCUCCCUGAAAUGAUACCUCUUUCCCUGUUUCUUACAAAACCUUGUUCUCUUGGGUGUCCUCCCACCUUCCUGGAUACUCUGUCUCUGGCUUUUUGCUGCCUAGCUCAUCUCUAGCCAAUCUUUUAGUCACCUAUCUUAAGCCCUUUUCGCUUUUGCUUUGUUCUUUAAGUUUUGUGUACUAAGCCCUCUUUGCUUUGUUCUCUGGGAAAUUUUAUCCACAUCUAUGGUCUUAAUCAGCUCUUUCCCUCAUGUGCUUCCGACCUAUGUAGAGAAUUGGCCUAAUGAACAUUUGAACACAAAGACAGACGUGUCCCCAGAUGAACUCACUACCUUACUCCACAAAAAAAAAAAAAAAAAAAAAAAA